AUGUCUCGGCUCGGCGCCGAGGCACAGAGCCGCUGCGAGGCAGCGGCGGCAACGCGCGGCGGCGGAGGCACCAUCGCCGGGCAGUCUCGGGGUGGCGUGGAGGGCCACUCGAGCUCUGCCGGCGGUGCGGUCGCCACGCACGGGCACGCGACGCGAGGAGGCGUCGCCGAGGGCGUCGACGAGGCGCUCGACGAGGCACGGCAGCGGGCCGGGUCCUCUCGGAGCCGCGGAGGCGCCGCUGCAGGCGGCGGCGGCGAGAGCGAAGUCAGCAGGCAGAGCGGCUGUGGCGGUGAGGGCCAUGCGGGCUCUGCUGCCGGCUCGCUCGCCUCUCUCGAGGACGCGACGGCCGGGACAGCCGUCGCUGCAGCCGGCGGCACCGCGCCGCCUGACAAGCCGCGCCUGUGGACAGCGGCGAGCACCCGCUGCUGGGCGAGAGCAGCGGCGCAAGUCGGCGUCGAUGGCGCCGUCGCCGCAAAGCGUGACCGAGAUCGCUUUGGCGGAGGCGCGAGCGACGCGGUGCACGACGAGAGGGCGGGCCUCGUCUCGGUGGGCGGCGGCGGGCCGCCUGGCAGGUCUCGGCUCGGCGCCGAGGCGCAGAGCCGCUGCGAGGCAGCGGCGGCAACGCGCGGCGACGGAGGCACCAUCGCCGGGCAGUUUCGGGGUGGCGUGGAGGGCCACUCGAGCUCUGCCGGCGGUGCGGUCGCCACGAACGGGCACGCGACGCGAGGAGGCGUCGCCGAGGGCGUCGACGAGGCGCUAGGCGAGGCGCGGCCUCGGACCAUGUCCUCUCGAUGCCGCGGAGGCGCCGCUGCAGGCGGCGGCGGCGAGAGCGAAGUCAGCAGGCAGAGCGGCUGUGGCGGUGAGGGCCAUGCGGGCUCUGCUGCCGGCUCGCUCGCCUCUCUCGAGGACGCGACGGCCGGGACAGCCGUCGCUGCAGCCGGCGGCACCGCGCCGCCUGACGAGCCGCGUCCGUGGACAGCGGCGAGCACCCGCUGCUGGGCGAGAGCAGCGGCUCAAGUCGGCGUCGAUGGCGCCGUCGCCGCAAGGCGUGAUCGAGAUCGCUUUGGCGGAGGCGCGAGCGACGCGGUGCACGACGAGGGGGCGGGCCUCGUCUCGGUGGGCGGCGGCGGGCCGCCUGGCAUGUCUCGGCUCGGCGCCGAGGCACAGAGCCGCUGCGAGGCAGCGGCGGCAACGCGCGGCGGCGGAGGCACCAUCGCCGGGCAGUCUCGGGGUGGCGUGGAGGGCCACUCGAGCUCUGCCGGCGGUGCGGCCGCCACGCACGGGCACGCGACGCGAGGAGGCGUCGCCGAGGGGGUCGACGAGGCGCUCGACGAGACGCGGCCGCGGGCCGGGUCCUCUCGGAGCCGCGGAGGCGCCGCUGCAGGCGGCGGCGGCGAGAGCGAGGUCAGCAGGCAGAGCGGCUGUGGCGGUGAGGGCCAUGCGGGCUCUGCUGCCGGCUCGCUCGCCUCUCUCGAGGACGCGACGGCCGGGACAGCCGUCGCUGCAGCCGGCGGCACCGCGCCGCCUGACGAGCCGCGUCCGUGGACAGCGGCGAGCACCCGCUGCUGGGCGAGAGCAGCGGCUCAAGUCGGCGUCGAUGGCGCCGUCGCCGCAAAGCGUGAUCGAGAUCGCUUUGGCGGAGGCGCGAGCGACGCGGUGCACGACGAGGGGGCGGGCCUCGUCUCGGUGGGCGGCGGCGGGCCGCCUGGCAUGUCUCGGCUCGGCGCCGAGGCACAGAGCCGCUGCGAGGCAGCGACGGCAAGGCGCGGCGACGAAAGCACCAUCGCCGGGCAGUUUCGGGGUGGCGUGGAGGGCCACUCGAGCUCUGCCGGCGGUGCGGUCGCCACGCACGGGCACGCGACGCGAGGAGGCGUCGCCGAGGGCGUCGACGAGGCGCUCGACGAGGCGCGGCCGCGGGCCGGGUCCUCUCGGAGCCGCGGAGGCGCCGCUGCAGGCGGCGGCGGCGAGAGCGAGGUCAGCAGGCAGAGCGGCUGUGGCGGUGAGGGCCAUGCGGGCUCUGCUGCCGGCUCGCUCGCCUCUCUCGAGGACGCGACGGCCGGGACAGCCGUCGCUGCAGCCGGCGGCACCGCGCCGCCUGACGAGCCGCGUCCGUGGACAGCGGCGAGCACCCGCUGCUGGGCGAGAGCAGCGGCUCAAGUCGGCGUCGAUGGCGCCGUCGCCGCAAAGCGUGACCGAGAUCGCUUUGGCGGAGGCGCGAGCGACGCGGUGCACGACGAGAGGACGGGCCUCGUCUCGGUGGGCGGCGGCGGGCCGCCUGGCAGGUCUCGGCUCGGCGCCGAGGCGCAGAGCCGCUGCGAGGCAGCGGCGGCAACGCGCGGCGGCGGAGGCACCAUCGCCGGGCAGUCUCGGGGUGGCGUGGAGGGCCACUCGAGCUCUGCCGGCGGUGCGGUCGCCACGAACGGGCACGCGACGCGAGGAGGCGUCGCCGAGGGCGCCGACGAGGCGCUAGGCGAGGCGCGGCCUCGGACCAUGUCCUCUCGAUGCCGCGGAGGCGCCACUGCAGGCGGCGGCGGCGAGAGCGAGGUCAGCAAGCAGAGCGGCUGUGGCGGUGAGGGCCAUGCGGGCUCUGCUGCCGGCUCGCUCGCCUCUCUCGAGGACGCGACGGCCGGGACAGCCGUCGCUGCAGCCGGCGGCACCGCGCCGCCUGACAAGCCGCGCCUGUGGACAGCGGCGAGCACCCGCUGCUGGGCGAGAGCAGCGGCUCAAGUCGGCGUCGAUGGCGCCGUCGCCGCAAGGCGUGAUCGAGAUCGCUUUGGCGGAGGCGCGAGCGACGCGGUGCACGACGAGGGGGCGGGCCUCGUCUUGGUGGGCGGCGGCGGGCCGCCGAGCAUGUCUCGGCUCGGCGCCGAGGCACAGAGCCGCUGCGAGGCAGCGGCGGCAACGCGCGGCGGCGGAGGCACCAUCGCCGGGCAGUCUCGGGGUGGCGUGGAGGGCCACUCGAGCUCUGCCGGCGGUGCGGCCGCCACGCAUGGGCACGCGACGCGAGGAGGCGUCGCCGAGGGCGUCGACGAGGCGCUCGACGAGACGCGGCCGCGGGCCGGGUCCUCUCGGAGCCGCGGAGGCGCCGCUGCAGGCGGCGGCGGCGAGAGCGAAGUCAGCAGGCAGAGCGGCUGUGGCGGUGAGGGCCAUGCGGGCUCUGCUGCCGGCUCGCUCGCCUCUCUCGAGGACGCGACGGCCGGGACAGCCGGCAUCGCCAUCGCCCUGAAGAAGGUUGUGUCGGGCCUCACUCCCUCUGCGCUGAACAGGCUCGUCUCUGGGGUGCCGAGCGAGCGGGCAGAGCACGCCGAGUGCGAGACGAGGUCGCCUUCGCAAGCCAGGCCGGCGGCGGGGAAGGGCGACUCUUCCUCCCUCGGAGCAUACGCGAGCGUGCCCAUCCAGUUCCAGAAAAAGAGCAGAUCGGAGAUCGCGUAA